UCGAAAAUAUGACCGAUUUCUUCUCGACUCGCAUGUGAGCGCCUGAGUCCGUCGAGCCUCGCAAAGCUGCGUGAGCCGCUCCGUUUGACAGAGUGAGAGGUCCAGCGCAGCAUGCGCCGUCCUCUGGAGAGAUAGCCGCUUCUCGAGGGUCGGCGGCGGGAGAGAAAUCAGCCGAGCAGCGUUAGCGUCGGAGCGGAGCUUCACGGCCAAAACACAUCGGUUCUCCAACUCCACACCGAGCUGAGAGUGUCCUUCUAAGGCGUGUGUUCUGAGGAGGCCCUGGUGGGAAGUGGACCCCAUGCUGAUUAAUGCCAGGCCGCUCUGUGCUCUCUGCAUUCUGCCACUCAAAUGCCUGUCUGCUUGUGGAGGAGGUGUAAUUAAGGAUUCGCUUAUUUCAUCUGCUGGUCUGUGCUUCCUUCUGCAGCCGCCACCAUGUUCUGGAAGUUUGACCUGCACACCACCUCCCAUAUCGACCAGCUGCUGGACCGGGAGGACGUGACUCUGAGGGAGUUGAUGGAGGAGGAAGAUGUAUUGCAGGAGUGCAAGGCACAGAAUCGCAGGCUCCUACUCUUCCUGUCCCAGGAUCACAGCAUGCAGGAGUUGGUCAACCUGAUCACAGAGGAACCCUCUUCUGACCUGGAGGAAAAAACACGCUUCAAGUUUCCAAAUAUCGCCUGUGAACUCCUCACUUCUGAUGUUACCCUCAUUAAUGAUAAGCUGGGUGGAGAUGAAUCUCUGCUGGAGAAACUCUACCAUUUCCUUGAGCAGGACCCACCCCUCAACCCCCUGCUGGCUUCCUUUUUCAGCAAGACCAUCGGCAACCUGAUCGCACGCAAAACGGAGCAGGUGAUUUCGUUCCUGAGGAAAAAACAUAACUUUAUCGGUUUGGUGCUGAACCACUUGGAUGCAUCAGCUAUGAUGGACCUCCUUCUGCGCCUCAUCAGCUGUGUGGAGCCAGCCCCACUCAGACAAGAGGUCCUCACUUGGCUGAAUGAAGAGCAGCUGAUCCAGAGGCUGACCGAGCUCAUGCAGACGGAGAGAGAUGAAGAGAGACAAUCGAAUGCGUCCCAGACUCUUUGUGACAUCAUCCGUCUCAGUAGAGACCAGGCCAAUCAGAUGCCAGAGGCCAUGGAGCCAGACCCUUUAUUGACGGUCCUAGAGUCAGAAGAGAAUGUGGCGCGACUUCUAAAGAGCAUGUUUGAGGGGGAGAAGAGCGAAGCUUCUAUUGUCAAUGGAACUCAAGUGCUUCUUACCUUACUGGAGUCUAGGAGGUCAGGGCUGGAGGGGCUAAUGGAACUGUAUUCUCAGGGAUGUGAAAGGUCUUACACUGUCAGUGGCAGUAUUCUACGUGCUAUUGAGCCUCAUCUAAAAGACUUCCAGCAACUCCUACUGGACCCUCCUAAGAAAAGUGCAAUACUUACAACCGUUGGCGUUCUGGAGCAACCGCUGGGGAACGCCCGCCUUCAUGUGGCCAGAUUGGUGGCCUCCCUGCUGCAGACCAGCGACCACAGCGUCUGCCAGGAGCUCUGCAGACUUAACACCAUGGACUUGCUGCUGGAUUUAUUCUUCAAAUACACCUGGAAUAACUUCUUGCACUUCCAAGUGGAGCUGUGUGUGGCAUCAAUUCUAAACCACUCUGCUCACACGGGUCUCCAGAUCCCAACUCUUCAGAACCACGAUGAGAAAGCUGUUCAGGGCUCUGAAAGCCAGAAAGAGGAGGGGACUCCAGGCCAGGAUAGCAAUGCAGACCCAGCACACACACCCAUCCACGAUGCCUUGGUGGUCAAUCUUUUCCAGCAGUGCCGUUUGGUGCAAAGGAUCCUGGAUGCCUGGGAGGAAAAUGACAGAAUUCAGGCUGAAGGUGGCACCAGGAGAGGAAACAUGGGGCAUCUGACUAGAAUUGCCAACACUGUGGUUCAGAACCUGGAGAAGGGACAGGUGCAGUCUCAAAUUAGUGAUUUGAUUAAAGAACUGCCUGAGGACUGCAGAGGGCGUUGGGAGAGUUUUGUUGGUCAAACUCUGAGAGAAACAAACCGGAGAAACACAGUUGACUUGGUGAGCACGCAUAAUCUGCAUUCCUCCAGUGAGGAUGAUGACAUGGAGAGCCCCUUCCCUAAUGACCUGUCCAUCCAACAGGCAUUCUCUGAUUAUCAGAUCCAGCAGAUGACUGCUAACUUUGUAGAUCAGUUUGGCUUUAAUGAUGAGGAGUUCAGUGAACAUGAUGAAAACAUCAAUGCUACUUUUGAUCGGAUUGCUGAGAUUAACUUCAAUAUCGAUGCAGAUGAUAAUAGUGCCAAUGCUGCUGCCUUUGAGGCAUGUUUCAAAGAGAGAAUACAGCAGUUUGAUGACUGUGAAGAGGAAGAGGACAUUUGGGAGGAUAAAGAGAUAAACUAUGCAACUCAAGUGAAAUCCCGAUCUAGGUUUGGGGUGUCUUCGUCCUCGGACAGCUCACCUAAGGGUCCUGUGAGGAAUGGGCAAAGGGGCCGCGGGUCGGCCUCAGAGGAAGAGGAAGACGAAGAAGGAGCCGCUCAACCCCCCACGCAAACGGCUACAAGCAAGAAGAUGGGGUCACCACAGACUCCACAGAGUCCUGGCUGGGCAGCAAGUUUUGUUCAGGCAGAAGACCGCUCCUCCGGUUCCUGGGCCUCUGCUUCUGAGCAGGGCGGUGAGGAGCAGCGGAACACGGGUUGGGCCAAUUUCACGGAGUUCCAGCCUUUCUGCAGCAGCUCAGAGUCCAGUAACUUAGAGAGCCAGCCAGAGCAGAACCAAGAGAAGAAAUGCCCAGGAGAAUGGGAGGGGUGUGGAGAACGGAAGGCUCCUCUAGUAGCCUCAGAUAGCAGCUCUUCUGGUGGCUCAGACAGUGAAGAAGAGAUGGGAAACGACAAGACCGAAGGCUCUCCUAAGACAGCCACCGGUCAGAAAACAGCAACCCAGAGUGAGGUGCCUGCUGAAUCUAUGGAGAAGCUCACUAUUACCGAUGGGGCCCCUAAGGUCACAGAGUCGACAACGCCUACAGAGCCUGAGGCACCCAAAGGCGAUUCAGAAAACACCACUGUGACAGACAAGAGAGUUGAUGCACCCUCUGAAAUCACACCCAAUGGACCGAUCUGAAAGCUUUUACUACAAAGCCAGACAAAAACCUGGUCAAACCCACUUUUGCCGCUUCCAUUCUUAACCCCCAAAACCUCAAUACCACUUUUGGUGUUAAAAUAAAUGAUGCUGCCAUGUUAUUGGACCUGGAUACUGCCAAUCAGCACCCGCCAAUGCAGGAAGAGGAGGCGAGGGGCAUGUAACACAAACCAGUAACCAGAACAGUGCUCAGAGGAGUUAGUCUUUUUAAUCCUUUUAACUUUGUAUGAAAUAUGCACAGUUUUAAUGUAGCAGUGAUCUUUCAGUUAUUGGAACAUUAAGGAUUCUUCUUUUUGUAUGUUUGGUUUCCCCUCUUAAUUCAUUUGUGGCUGGAAUGUUCACAUGCAAGCAGACCGUUGAAACUGGGAUGUAAAGGCCCUCAUAGGAAAGCACAGGUCAAUAAACCCUUCUGUAACUUAAGCCUCUUACAGGUCCUCACUCAAAUCAAAAUGUUGUUGCUUAAUAAGCACUUAUGCAAGCAUUCACUGUAUAUUUAAGCACAACUGAAAAGUAUUAUUUAAACCUUUGUCCUUACUGAAGUGCAUCCCGUUGAUUCAGAGCGAAUGAGGGUUUUUUUUCUUUUCAAAAACACCUUAUCAUGUUUAUUUAGAUAAUCGAAUGUUUUCAAAGUGCUUUGGGUGUUUGGUUUUUUUUUAAUGAUCGGUUAUGGGUCGAUAUUCCAACUCUGAAAUGGUGUCACUGCUUCUCCUCAUUGUGUGCAAUAAUGAAAUUUGAAAUUUUGCCGUUUAAUUUAAAUUUUGAACCAUUUGAUAUCAGAGCGUGAUCGUGGAGCGGACUUUUUUUUUGCGCAUGCAUGCAGAGCAUUAUAAAUCAAGCAUAUACAAACAACUGGUUUCUGUUGGCAUCCUUUCUAAGCCGUCUGCUCACAUAGAACUUUCUUUUUGUUUUAAUUUUGGCUUUUCUCUUCAAGCCAGCACAACCUUUGCCUGUAUGUAUAUUACCAAACAUACUGCUUACCUUAACGAAAUUGGGUCUCCUGAAAAAGCACUUCCAUGAGGUGAACGUGUUCAACAUUAGCCUUAAAAUCCAGAUCCUUCAAAGAUGGGAUGGAGUCGCUCCAGUACGUAGUGUUUCUUUAAACUUUGGCAUUUAUGUGAAAUACUUUUUCCCACGAUAUCUUCCUGUGUUCUCACAGCCGGUGUGCGUUUCAAGUUGACCUGCUGCUGUUGUUUUGUUUUUGUUUUUUGUUUGUUUGUUUUUUUCCUCUCUCUACCAGAGGCAGGCACAAGAAGACAGCUGGAUCGGUCCUAAAUACGUCAUACCUUCUCUGAUCUCUACACGGACAAUGCUGUGUACCCUGAUAACAGACUGAUGUUAAAGCAGUUCUAUUCGUUUGAAUCUGUCCGUAGCUCUAGUGCACUCAGUCGUGUAGUGUUUCAUCACAGCCAUCGUUUGUUUCAGGAACUUUUGGUCUGUUUUAGUUCAUCAUAUCUCUACAAGUUUAAGAUGGUACCAAAUCCGUUGGAUUACAGGAUAGGGUUUUUUUUUGUUUUGUUUUGUUUUUGCAUUAUUUAUUUUGCACUUAAAAAGGUGUUAAUGUGGAAACCUGUGCACCCUUGAUGCAGUGUAACACCGUUAUUGUAAGCUCUUAAGUUCUCUGCCUCGGGCGUAUGAAGCCUCAGUCGAUUCUGCUUCUCUAUCUAUGACAUUUUCAGUAGGUUUGUUUCCAAAGCCAAAAGUAUGUGUUGCCUUCUUUUUGUUUUACUGUAUACUGUUUUAAAGAAUCUUAUUUUUCAUUUUAACCAACAUUAUUUUACAUAUUGUAGAGAUUCUAAUUUAUGUGAUCUUCUUCAGCAACCAAAAUACCGCUUUCUGUUCAAUUUUCUUCUCGUGUCUGGACUGGUUCUGUGUGUAGAUAGCUUUCAUACCCACGUGUGAUGGUCUUCAGCCCCGUACACCAAUCUUUAAAACGUCUCCUCUGUUUUAUCAGGUCAUGGAUUUCUCUCAAAGGCUGCAGUAACUAAGUUUUAAUCAGCAGUUGUAGUUUUAAUUUAACUAAUGACGUGACAGAUGCUGCAGUUCUGCCUGCGUUUCUCAGGCGUGCUCCUGUAGUAGCACCGUUAUAGUGUUGGACUCUGCUCCAACGCUCCUCAUUCAAGAAACGCUUUCUUAAAAUGUGUGGGAGCAGAGUAAUCUCUAAACUAGGACCCAUAUUCACAAAGCUUCACACAGCGGGACCGCUGAGCUGGUCUCAGAUUCCUCUUGUAUUUACUAGGAUUUAGUGAGGGGAGCAGAUCUUGGAGCAGCACUCCUGUUCUGAGAUGCUUUGGGAAUCCAGGCCCAGCUUUGGGAACCAGUGGUUCAUAGUUCAGGAUCACUGGAUCAUCUCUCCUUGGUAUAAAACAUAACACCUUUUUAGUUCUGGCACAAAGUACUUUGUCAUCAAGUAGGACGUGUUUGUGAAGAGCAGAUGAAGGAGAGGCGUUACUGUAGUUCACAUUUGAGUUUCACGGCUUAAUUACUGCAGCUUUUGGUGGCUAGUAUUUUUAUGAUUAUUAACGCUUUUAAGACUAUUCUACAAGUGUAGAUCGUGUGUAUUUCUACAAUUAUGUAAUGAGAUCUGCCCUCGAAAAUGCGAGCAAGUUCCCAGACCGCAAUAAGACGAUGCAAUUUUGGGAAAGGAAAAAAAUGGGAGAGAAUAUCGAUGAUGCCUGUGAUGCAUAUCAUUCCUAUAAACACAAAUUAUAAUUGAUUAUAUCCAACAGAGGAAAAAAAAAAACAACUACCAUCUACGUUGACUUCUGUAUAGACUGGGUCUAUACAAGAUUGUUGACUACAGCUGUAUCUAUAUAUUUUGCUAGAUAUUUUCAGAUUUGUUUGAUAAAAUUAUGUUCAAUAUCAGAAGUUUAAUAAAUCUGUUCUCAUCAGAA